AUGAUAGGCUAUAAAAGGAAGAUCGAUAAAAAUAAUAAAAUUCACAAUAAAAACUAUCAUAAUAAGGUAAAAAAACACAAAGGAAAUAAACAAUUUCGAAAAAAUAACAAUGCAGAUGAAAGGGCACAACUACAAAAAGAGAUUGACGAAAAGUUAAGAUUUAUAGUGGAAGAAAAUAAAAGAAAGCAAUAUGAUGAAUUGAGACUCAACAUAGAAAAUGAAAAAAAGAAGAAAAAGAAAAAUGAUAGUGGGGAAGCAGAAAGUGAUAACGAAGUUAAGCGGUAUAAAAACAACUUAACUAUAAUUGACAAAAAUGUAUUAACACAAGAAGAAUUUAAAAAUCUACCAAUAAGUAAAAAAACAUUAAGAUCACUAAAUGAAAAUAACUUUACUCAUAUGACAAAUAUACAAUCGGUGUCUAUACCUAUAGUCUUAUUAAAUAAACAUAUAUAUGCUCAAGCACAAACUGGAACAGGGAAAACAUUAUGUUUUUGUGUGCCAUUAAUUGAAAAACUUUAUAGAGAGAAUAUUGAUAGUUCCAAUAAAAUAUUAGGAGGAUUAAUUAUAACUCCAACAAGAGAAUUAGUAUUUCAAAUAUUUGAAGUUUUAAACAUGUUAAAUAAAUAUCAUAAAUUAAAUAUUUGUUGUGCAAUAGGUGGAAAAGAUGAAGAAAGAGAAAAAGCUAUUUUUAGUUAUUCCAAUAUUAUAGUAUGUACACCUGGAAGAUUAUUAUAUCAUUUAGAAAAUAAUUAUUAUUGUAAUUUAGAUUAUUUAAGUACUUUAAUAAUUGAUGAAAUUGAUAAAUUAAUUGAUAAAAGUUUUUAUGAUAAUUUAAAAAGUAUUUUAUUAUAUAAACCUAAAGAUAAUUGUCAAAUUUGUUUAUUUUCAGCCACAAUAUGUAAAUUUUUAAGUAUCAUAUUAAAAACAUUUAACAUUAAAGAUUAUGAAUAUGUCAGUAUAAAUAAUAAUGACAAAUAUAUAGAAAGUAAUAAUAUAAAACAAAUAUAUAUUGAAUGCAGUAUAUAUGACAAAAUUAAUUAUUUAUAUACUUUUUUAUUUUCAAAAAAAAAUAGAAAAAUAAUUGUUUUUUUUUCAACAUGUAAGCAAGUUCGAUUUAUGUUUGAAGUUUUUAAAAAAAUUAAAGUGGGUGUUAUGAAAUUUUUACAAUUACAUGGAAAAUUAAAGCAAACAUCACGACUAAACACAUAUCAUUUAUUUUCAAAAAAAAAUAAUUUUGUUUGUUUGUUUACAACGGAUAUAGCUUGCAGAGGUCUUGAUUUUGCUUCAGUUGAUUGGGUUAUACAUUUUGAUUUUCCAGAAAAUUUAGAAACAUUUAUUCAUAGAUCAGGUAGAACUGGUAGAUUUACUAAUGUAGGAAAUAGUCUUAUCUUUUUAACAAAUGAGACUGAUAAUAAAAAAUAUUUUUUAAAUGUAUUAAGGGAAAAUAAUAUUGAAAUAGUUGAAAAAUUUAUUAAAAAACAAAAACUUUUUGAUAUUAAUAAAAAAAUACACUCUUUAAACGCAGCGUUUGUUGAAAUUAAGCAUUUAGCAAAGAAAGCAUUGAUCAUUUAUUUAAGACAUUUAUAUAUUAUUAUGAAAUUUAGAGGUAUUAAAAAUCUCGAUUUAAAUCAGUUAGCCUAUGCAUAUGGACUUAUCGAAUUUUCUCAAGAAAUGAUGGAUGAAUUGAAUAUAAAUGAUGGAAAUAAAAUUGAAAUGAAAAAAAAAAGAUCCAGAUUUGAAAAGUUUUUAGAAAUACUCAAAGCUCGCAAGUCGAAAAAGGGAGGAAAAGAAGGAAAUGGCGAUGAUGCAAAUGAAAACAAAAAGGAUAACAUGAAUAAGUCAGAAUACAACAAUGUUGAUAAUAGUAAUGAAUCAGAGGAUGAAGUGAGACCAAGCAAAACUCUAAAGUCGAGAGAUACCUCCAAAGGAAACACAAACUCAGACAAUGAUGAUAUUACGAAUAUGCAAGAAGAGGAUGAUUUAUUUGUUCCUCAAAGGGUUGAAAUUGAAGACAGCGGUCCUUUAUUAUUACCAACUAAAAAAAGGCGAAAACGAGUCAAGGUAGCCAAAAUUCUAAGUAAUAGUGUAUUAUAUGAUGAUGUAGGAAAUGAAAUAAAUGAUGAAAAUGUAAAGUUUAAGAUAUUGGUAAAUGAAUUAAAUGAAAAUGAAGAGAUGGAACAAAGCGAUAUAGAAGAUAAAGAUACUGAAACAGAUGAUGCAUAUACAAAGAACAAUCGUGAUGAAAAAUCAUAUAUUGAAUUAUUAAAAGAAAAAGUUGAAAAAGAUAAUGAACAAAUAAAAAUUGAUAAACUAAGGAAAAAAGAAAGUAUGAUGAAUAGAGAUAAUUCCGAUGAAGAAUCUGAUUAUGACGAUGAAUCAUCAUCUUAUCAAGAAGACAACUAUAACAGUUCUGAAAAUAGUACCAUCAUGAGUGACCAAGUUGAUGAUACACAAAAAAUGAACAAAUUAAUUGAUAAGAAAUCUCAAACCAAAAAACAAAAAGAAGAUAAAUUAAAUGAAAAUAUAUCAGAUUUAGAAGACAAAGUAAUGAUGUUUUUAUAA